AUGUGCUUGCCGGAUCCUAGGCUGCUCAAUCAAUUGCGGUCGAAUAGUCAAUCGUACAUUGGUGUGAUAAAUUCGAACGGAACAUGGAUUUAUGAUGAUGGAACACCGCUCAUUUAUCAGAAUUGGAAAGCAGGUCACCCACAAACAAUGGCAAGUUGUGCUGUGGAAAGCGCUCAAGACUAUCAAUGGACAUCAGUCUCCUGUGAUGAUCUGCAUACGUUCAUUUGUUCUAUUCCCGAUGGAAAAUGUCCGAACGGAUGGGUCGCCUACGACAAGAUGUGCUACUACUUUUACGCGCAAAAUGCUUGCCUGGCAAUGGAGGCUAAUCUCACCUCAAUUCUAAGUGAAUCUGAGUUCAACUUUUUGAAAGAUCAAAUUGGAACUAACUCUUCGAUUGUUAGCAGUAUGGGUUGUGGCGGCACCCAAGCUCUAAUUGGACUAACCUGUGUGGAUAACAUCCGUUCAUGGCUCGAUGGAUCACAGUUUGCUUACGACCAAACUCGAUCUUACUGCGACUCGGAUUAUGGGAUAAUUAACGAUACCGGUUGUACUCAGAGCUCAUAUUGGGAUGAUUGGUCCGACACCGCUACAUUUUUACGCUACAUUUGCAAGAAGAGUCUUGUUUCUGGCUUUGAUCUUCUGAAAGCACAUUUCGAA